AUGAUCAGCAUGGAAUUACAACCGGCUGUACAUAUGCAGCAUUUAAAUCAUGGUCAUCAACAGCAUCAUGCAGAUUUAAAUGUUUAUCAACAUCAAAUGACAAAUAUCUCAACAUCAAAUGGUGAUGACAAAAAUAAAAUGUAUAUAGAUGACUCCCAUAACAACCAACAAGGUGGCAUGUCUGGAGAAGGCCAUGGUGGAGUGAAUCAACUUGGUGGAGUUUUUGUAAAUGGACGACCAUUGCCCGAUGUUGUGAGACAACGAAUUGUCGAGUUGGCACAUAAUGGUGUACGUCCAUGUGAUAUAUCUCGACAGCUUCGCGUCAGUCACGGCUGUGUUUCAAAAAUUUUAUCAAGAUAUUAUGAAACAGGGAGCUUUAAAGCAGGAGUGAUUGGAGGAAGUAAACCGAAAGUGGCAACACCACCCGUUGUAGACGCAAUCGCCAGUUACAAGAGAGAAAAUCCAACAAUGUUUGCUUGGGAAAUUCGAGACAGGUUACUCGCAGAAGGCAUUUGCUCACAAGAUAAUGUACCAAGUGUUUCGUCCAUUAAUCGAAUUGUAAGAAAUAAAGCUGCGGAAAAGGCUAAACAUGUUCAUCAGCAAUCUCAGAACUCAGGGACACCGCCAGGCCACCUCCCACAAUCACCACAAAUGACAACGACAGAUCCACAAGACAGUAACGGUGCAACUCCAAGCUCAGUAAAUGGUAGUGAAGGAAGAAUAACAAGUGGAUAUAGUAUCAAUGGAAUUCUUGGAAUUCAACAUCCCAAUGAUGUCAAUGUAAAUAGCAUGAAGAGAAAACGCGUCGAAGAUCAUGAUGAGAACCGGGAUAUUAAUAUUCAUAUGGAAGAAGACAUAAAAAGACAGCGAAUUCAAUAUAAUGGAGAGCAAAUAUACCCGAAUCUCUGGUCAUCAAAGUGGUGCAUAAAGGAUGAACCAAAACAACUCGAUUUGAAUAACUCAGUUGUUGUCUCAAUGUCAACGCCACCGCACAACAAUAAUAAUAAUAAUAAUAAUAAUAAUAACAAUAACCAAAAUAAUAGCAAUGCAAACAAUACAUCGAGUAAUAAUAACAAUCCAUCUGCAAACAACGCUUCAUCGUAUUAUGAUACUCAUAAUGUUUUUCCAGCAUCAGUUAAUAACAACAAUCAGGAUACAAUACUCUAUGAUAGCAUCACGACAAUAUCACAAGCUCAAAACACACUCUAUGCACCAUCCAUUGGAACUGCUAUCGGAUCAGGCUCUUUUACAUCAUUGGCACCAUUAAGUAUGCAAGAUAUUAAGCUCAAUGCAGCAACGACACUUAUGGAUCAAUCCAUGUCUCCAUAUCAUGCAGAUAGUACAACUCCUUACAACACGCUUGCAAUAACACAAAUCGAAGAUGGAAUGGCUCAAUCGAGUCAACAAGAUCAGCAACCGGAUUCAUCUUCUGAGCUUCCAAUGUUUACGCUCAUUACACCAGAUGGACAAUCGACAUCACAGGGAAUGCUGAAAAAUGACACUAAUAAUAACAACAAUGACCGUAAUAACAACACUGGAGCUGGAAAAUCAAAGAUUGAUAAAAUGAAUGAGAAUGACGAUGGAAAUAUAAAUCAUAGCAAUAGUAAAAGACAGAUUUUACAACGAUACUCAUUGGACAAUGGAGUUGAUCAUUCUGCUGUUCAUCAUUCACAUCACUUGUUGCUGUUACAGCAACAACAAAUGAAUAAUCAGCAAAUGGGACAUAUGGAUGGAAAAUCAAAUCUCAUUCCUGUUCCAGAAAAUUCUCCUUCAUUGAUUGUCUUACAACCUAGCGCACAAAGUGCCGGUUACUCUUCAUUUUUCAAUCACUAUGCAACAGCAAAUAAUGGCUCCGUUGUGUCUCCUGGUGAUUAUGCGUAUAAUUCAGCACCUUACCAGCAAUAUGGUACAGCGUACAACUAUGGAUAUAAUGUACCAACGACCAGCAGUCUCCUCAAUACAACUUAUUACUUCAAUAAUGAUCAGACUAGUGAUCUGCGAUCUCCAUUGGCGGCAACACGUGCAAAUUCACUCGCAAGUGCAUCAUCACCUACUGGUGCAUGCAUCAAAACAGAAAUCAGUGCAAAAGAUAUUUUUCUUGUGUAG